AUGAGAACUGUUAGUCUUUGGGGUUUACUAGUUUUAACGAUAGCUGUAGUUAACGCAGGAGACCAUGUUGGGUACAGAUUUGAAUAUGGUGUCCACGACCCCCAUACACACGACCACAAAUCUCACUAUGAACAUAGAGAGGGCGAUCAUGUUGUAGGAAUGUACACUCUUAAGGAAGCAGAUGGUACUUACAGGAUUGUGAAGUACAGAUCUGGGCCUAAAUCUGGAUUUGAAGCUGUAGUCGAAAAAGUUGGGCAUGCUUAUCAUCCUGCACAUCAUGUACACAGUUGA